GUCCUCCAGACUGAAAUGUGUCCAGUGGGAAGUGGAAUGAUGGCGGAAGAGCAGUGGGGAUAUUUGAUUAAGAUAUUUAGUUAGUUCACACUUUUGUUUGUGUUGUCAAGGGUCACGAUCUCACCAGAUCGUAAAGAGAAUUUGAUAUGACAAUGGCAGAGCGGCCAGGACUUAUGUACACCAGCAAACUGCCUGUGCUGACAAGUCGAUAUGCUGCCCGGCCUAGAAGGCUGCCUCGUAUAAUGGAGAAUGUGAGUCGACCGAGCAAUGCUAGCAAGUCAGUUGUGUUUUAUAAAAACGGCGACAAAUAUUUCCAAGGACAUCAAGUUGUUGUUACACAAAGAAAAUACAGAAGUUUCGACAGCUUGCUGACAGAGUUGACGCGGGUUACGAAAUUGCCUCACGGAGUCAGAUUUUUGCUGACACCGACAACUGGGAGGCGUGUAGAUACUUUGGAUGGGCUUGAAGAUGGCAAAUCUUACAUCGCAUCGUCCUUUACAAAACUAAGAAAAGUACACUACGGAUCAAGCAUUAUUAAAACUGACGAUGAGCAGAGAAAAGAUCUGCAUUCCCGAAAAGUUGAUAAUAUUCGAUUAAAACCUUUGCAUUACAAACCGGAUUCUCAUAACCGAGAAAAUAAGAAACAUGCAAUAAUUCAGUCAAACAAAUCAAAUGCAAAUGUAAUUAAACCACGGUUGAUAACAGUUAUAAGAAAUGGUUUCCGACCUCGAAGGAUUGUUAAAGUUCUUUUGAAUCGAAGAACUGCCCAGACAUUUGAGCAAGUUCUUGACGAUGUCACUUCGGCCGUUGGAGUUAUCGGUGGAUCUGGGGUUCGCAAGUUAUUUACUGUUGAAGGAAAACAGGUCCAAGGGCUUUCCGAUUUGCUAAACUCUGAAAACUUUACGUUUAUCGCGGUUGGCGAUGAGAAAUUUCAUGCACACGAUUUGCAAGAUAUACUGAAAGAAUCCAAUAUUAAUCAGAACGGACAUAAACCCAAACACCACAAGAAGUCGAGGCAAGAAAAAGAUUUAGUUCCUAGACUUCCUCCUUCAUUAUCAACUGCAAAUGACAUUGAUGACAAUGAUUUGCAUAGCAAUGCCUCCAGUAGAUUGACUGCUACGGAUGAAGCAAGUAUCGGAUCACAUCGAAAUAGUGUUAAGAAUAAGCAUAUAAAACUUCCCCAUAUAAAGGAGCUGGACCAAAACCAGGCAGUAAAUGGGCAUCAUUUAGAACUUAGCAACAAACAGAAGGAGGUAGUAUUACCUCCUAUCGAUGCUAACAAUAACCAACAUAUAGUUGAAGAUGAAGAAAAAGCUGAUAAAAAAGAUAAAUCAAGAGAAAACUCUAUUAGGGAGAGAAAAGAUGAAACUUCACCAAGAAAGGAAACAGAGCAGUCACCUAGAAAGGAAGUUGUUGAUGCAGUAGAGUCACCUGAAAAGUUUGAAAAGAAAGAGAUAAAAAAUAUACGGGAUUUAUUUGAUAUUGGUAGAAAGCUUGGUGAUGGGAAUUUUGCUGUGGUGCGAGAGUGUGUUCAUAAGGUGACUAAUGAAAAGUAUGCUUUGAAAAUUAUUGACCGAAGCAAGUUAAAAGGAAAGGAGAAAAUGCUUGAAAAUGAAAUUCAAAUUAUGAAGCGAUGUAAUCAUCCAAAUAUUGUCAGUCUUGUUGACGAUUUUCAUGGCAAUACAGAGAUCUAUCUUGUUAUGGAGCUGGUCCCUGGUGGGGACUUGUUUGAUGCAAUUUCAACUGCGGUGAAGUUUACUGAGCCUGUUGCUGCCAAUUAUGUCCAUGAUAUUUGUUCAUCAUUACAAUACCUGCACAAAAGAAAGAUUGUUCACCGAGAUUUAAAACCAGAGAACCUCAUGGUUUAUGAAGGACCUGGUGGAAGAAAAACUCUGAAACUGGCUGAUUUUGGUCUCGCAAUGGAAGUAAAAGAACCAAUAUACACAGUUUGUGGAACACCAACAUAUGUCGCCCCAGAAAUUCUCCGUGAAUCUGGCUAUGGCCUAAGAGUGGACAUGUGGGCCGCUGGCGUGAUCGCAUACAUCAUGCUUUGCGGUUUCCCGCCAUUCCGAAGCACGAAAAGGAGGCAGAGUGAACUGUUCGAUCUAAUACAGGAAGGUAAUUUCGAAUAUAUCUCUCCUUAUUGGGACGAAGUUUCCGAAGAUGCCAAAGACUUUGUUUCGUGUCUAUUAGUUGUGGAUAUUCCGAAACGAUACUCUGCCGACAAGGCCCUGAAUCACCCUUGGGUCAAAGGAAAGAUUUCACAGUCUCGGGGAACGUCGGCUAUCGCAGACGACGAAAGUAUGUCAAGAACCAGCAUAGCUUUAUCCAAGUUUAAAACUGCUGCCAUUUCCAUUCAGUCAGUCCAACGACUGAAAAUGCUGGCUGCUGAUUUUCAAGAUAAUCGAGGGGAAAAAAUUCUUACGCACGUAAAGUAGUCGCCAUUUCGACGACCAUAUUGUAUAUUUUCAAAUCGGCAAUCUGCUUAUCCAGGAAGGCUGUUAAUGAUCUACUAAACGAAAUGUUGAAUCGAUAUUGAAAAGUGCCGAUAAAGGCUGAUGGGACAGUGCGUAACUAGGCCAUUAACAGAUUUGCUCGAAGUUUGGUCAGUGCAUUUCUCAUUCUCGUUUUCAAGUUUCGGUUUCGUAUCUUGCAGGUUUCUAAUGCGCAACAAAACAUAAGCCCUUGAUAGAAUCAGUCGAUUUUGGAAGACUGUUCCUCUCUCUAAUUUCAUCCUACAAUUUUUCAUUAUGAAUUCUACAAAGGUCGUUGUUUCGCUUGGUUAUAGCACAGCUGUCGUGCUAAAUAGCAAAUUUCGCACGACAGCUGUGCUAUAACCAAGUUGUUAAUGAUUUGCUUUCUUGAAAAGUAAAGAGAGAGAUUGAAAAUACAUCCCGUCUCGAAAAUUAUGUUUCGUUAUGUUUCAACUUUGCAUUCCUUUCUCUACAGCAAAUUGUUAUCACCAAAAUCACACUUCAUUGCCACUGUUAAUCAGCUUUUCCAAAGUAUCCAGACCUUGAACUUUCGACAAUUAUGUUACUUAAAUUCGAGACAGGGUGGGUAUUCUAUAGCAGAAAAUCCUGUAUAAACAUGGUAAUUACGUAACAUUAUAGAGCACUUUGUUCGGCUUCCAAAUGAAAAUAAAACCUCAACUAGCUCUGAUCUUCAAUACCUUUAAAUAUCUCAUGUUGUUUUUAGGAUCAAUCCCAUGUUUACAAUUACCAGUUCAAUUCCAGCAAUUUCCUUUUAAUUACUGCUCUGUGGAACCUAGAUUCCACCUUUGAACCUCUUUCGCCAUAACUGUAAACAGAAACUGGUUUUAAUUUGAAUGUCUGACAAUAGCUUGAGUUCCAUAGAGGUAACUCCUCACCUAUUUUGUCCAUUUUAAAGCAAAUUACGACUUCAAUUAGCACAGGAACAGCUCUGUGAUUUGUCAAUAUCCAUACAUACCGAAUUUACUGGACCUAUUCAAGAACCAGUCAAAAAGGGUUCUGUGAAAAAUUUUCACAUAAAACUUUUUGUGAGACCUGAAACAUUUUGCAUUCCUUAGGUUAUCUAUCUGCAGCUUAUAAAUAAGUUCUUUUUCUUUGUAUCUAUCAGAGAAUGUAUGAAAAUACAAAAUAUAAAUGUUUGGUGAGCGCUUUUCUCUGAUUGGCCUAGGCCCGUUUAUAUGCUGUUUACGAAAAAUCUAGUCAACUUCCUUCUGCUUUGUAUGACAUUACAUUAGCCAAGCAUUCCAUCACGCUGGAAUUUAUUAAUACAAUCGAAAUAGGAACAAGCUGGAACAUGAUCGUCGCCUGAAUGGGUCAAAAGUCUAGUCAACAGUCUGAGCCAAAACACAUCCUUUAUGUCCUUGCCUUAAACAUUGUCAUAACCACUUUGUUGUAAGUUAUACUCUCGCAAAAUAGUAUUGACAUUUAAUAAGAGACCCUAUUAUGAGAUGUUGGACUUAAAUGAAAUGGUGAUUCGAGAGUUAUUUUUUUAAAUGCAAACGCUAGCACCGAAUUGAGGGCUGUUUCCUGAUUGCUUACCUAAGCAUAAAAACGAGAUCUGGCGCUUAUCUGAUAAGAUGAAAGCUUGGACGGAUGACGUCAGGAGAAGGAACACGAAACCAAAAUUCACAUGCGUGGGUGCAAGAACUGGGGAGAAAAUCACUUGCUGGUUUAAGCAUUAGGGCCUUAGCAGGACUGUUAAGCGAGACCUUUCCAUUUCAGACCCCAUUAACACAGUCGCGGAUCCAAUUGGAACAGAUCCAUUUUGAAAUCGUUUUUGUUAAAUAGAACAAUUUCAACAUUUUUGAGAAUGAUUGCACUGACCAAACGUCUUUAGAUUUAUAAUCGAAAUCAUUGGAUAUUGUCUAUAAUAGAUAGCUUUUGUAGAUGAAAAAUCGUUAUUUAUUCUUUUAUAGUCAAUGAACCUGUAAUAACGAUAAACAUUUUCAGUUUUCUGAUUGGGCAUACGAAGGUAUGUCGGUUUUCUGAUUGAACUUUUUUGUGUUUCGGCAACGGAACUCUCUUGGGUACUAGCGGAGGCCUAUCAUCCACCAACAGUCCUCUCGUGUGUAUCAACGGAACUCUCUUGGGUACUAAUCUUGGUACUAUUGGGCUCCUUUGCUUACCAACGGAGCUCUGUGAUGUAUUAGCGGGAGCUUGUUUUUGUACAAGUGAAAUUCCCUAGUGUAUAAAAUCGCAUUUUAAAAUGGCUGGCGGACCUCCCUUGGGUACUGCUGGAGCUCUGAUGUCUGCGAUCAGAGCAUUGACACAGAAGCGGGCCUUAGUCAUGUACUCGUAGAGCUCCUAAGAAGAUUUUGUAUGAUUUGUCAAAAUUAAAUCGGUUUUUCGAAAGAUUUGCGGAUGGAAGCUUAUUGGUAUAAAAAAGUAGAAAACUCUUAAUUUAUAUAAUUUUGAUAGUCUAUUUAAUUCUUUGCUUCCUUUAUGUAAGUAAAGGUUUGUUGUAAAUAUUGCGAAAGGUGUAUUAUAUUUUCAUUGACAACAUUAUCCUAUUGAUUAAAGCCGGGAAAAUGAAACUGUAUAUUUAAGACAUUUAUACAUAGUUUAGAUUAAUAAAUAAAAUAUUCACGGCUAUGCAUUUA